AUGUCAACAGUACUCACUACCGGUUUGAAACCGGAGGCUAUUGGAAUGUUCACCAAGACGAAUGUUCCCCUUUUCAUGUACGAAAAUGGACGGGAGUACCCAGGCUGUGGGUUCGAGCUGGCCUUCAGUGUCAACUUCACCUUCGCCCUCCCACCCAAAGCCAAGGCAGCUUCCAACGGCUUUGCCUUUGUGGUCUCGUCAAGCAACACAGUGGGGACCAAUGUUGGAGUGGGGUACGGUGGGAUAGACGAGCAAAGCAUGGCGAUAGAGUUUGAUGUGCUUCAAAACAAGCCGCAUGGCAACAUGAAAGACCCGCACGUGGGACUGAAUAUCAAUGGCCAGGACACAUCAAUCGCCGCUGUGAAGUCCCCGUUCCCGCUCGCCAACAAGAAGCCAUACACGGCAUGGGUUGACUACAUGCCUGGAGACCCUGGCACCAUCCAGGUGUUCCUGGCAACGACAGCAGUGAAGCCAGCGAAGCCACUGCUAGAGUCCCGGCUGUCACUGUGUGCGGUGCUGCAGCCGGGACCACCAGAGGGAAGACCGCGGGAGCCGUGGGCGUUCUACUUUGGCUUCGUGGCGUCCACCACAGUGAAGCCGUUCAUGACUCAAGCCAUCCUCAGCUCUUACCUGCGCACAGGUUGGUGCCGUCCUCCUUUCUGCCCUGCGCACAGGCCACGGUGA